AUGCACAUUUGUCGUCAGAGGAACACAGUCUCAACUUCUCUUAUUUUCUAUUACGAGAGGGUCAACACAUUUGUUUUAGUGGACAUUUCCACUACAACAAUUUGCGACAUGAAUUCUGUUCCUGUGAUGACUGUAAAACCAUCGAGAGCCCUCUUUGAUGAGAAGUUCCAUGUGGUUGUGGGGAACUUACCACCGACACAGGAGGUCACGCUACAUUCUUUACAUCAGUCUGAAGACACAGACUACUGGGAGGCGUUUGGGCACUAUGUCAGUGAUGCUCAGGGAAGGAUCACAGGUGAGAGAUAUUAUUUCAUCAUAUCUUUAACCAAUUUCUAAAGAAACACCUCUAAAUACCAAUGGGAAACAUUCAGUAAUAAUGCCACUUUUCCAUUCUUUAUCUACUUCAACAAUAUAGAAAAACACUUCCGAAACACUCUAGGAGAUGUAUUUAUGUCUGUAACUAUUAGUAUUUGAAGGCAGAACAUUGAAUACUCAGUCAGAGGACUUGCCCAAGUGGCAGUCUGAUGAGAUACCAGCUAAGAACAAUGGGAGUGAUUGAUAAUGGCAAGUUUUAUGUCAUUUAUAGUUGCCAAGGCUCCAAGUGUAGGAGGGACAUAUGAGGGUGUUGAGCCAAUGGGUCUGUUGUGGAGCAUGAGACCAGUACCUGGCAGUAGAACUGGACUCAGGUAAGCAUUUCGACCCACCUGAUUUUAUUAUUGAAUAUGAGUGAGUGUGCAACAUAAUAUAAUGCGAGUGUGAGCAUUUGAUGUUCAUCCUGCCAGUAUCCGACUGCUGCCACCAUCUCUCAUAAGAGUAUACUGACACGCAGGCCAAGGCCGAGGUGAUUGGUGGGUUUGGGAUAUAAAUGGUCGUAUCCCAAAUAAUUUGGGAAUAAAAACAAAAAAACUGAUUUGCAAAAUCGAUUUAGGCCUGCAUACAGACCUUUGGCACUAAAUGCGCUCCAUACCGACCUCUUUUAGGUUGAGGAAGAAGGAGCUCCACACUCCCAUGGUGGUGCACAUCUCUGUGUACAGGGGACACAUGAGUCAGGGGUUCAGGGAGCAGGCGGCCCUGGCGAGUGUCGUCACAGAGCGCUGGUACAUGGCCCCCGGAGUCCGCAGGGUUGACAUCACAGAGGGAGGGGUCACAGGGACCCUGUUCCUGCCACCAGGUAUGUUGCAGCUAUGAGCUACAUACACCUGCCACCAGGUACAAAGGACACAAAGAUAAUUAACAGCAUUUUUUGUGGCACAGAAUAACUAUAUUGAAUAUGACUAUGUUGAAUAUGACCAUGCUCUCUGGUAGAAACAAACAAUAAUAUUUUUGUCAUGUCAUCCUGAAGGUCCCGGACCCUUCCCCGGAGUUUUAGACAUGUGGGGAGGUGGUGGCGGGCUGGUGGAAUAUCGAGCGGCUCUCUUGGCAUCCCACGGCUUUGCUGCCAUGGCAGUAAUGUAUCUCUUCCCAGACCAUAAGAAAAACGCUACCAUUGGCUACCCUUACUUUGAGGUUUGUUUGUCUGCACCAUUUUCUUGUAGAAAUCAUGGUUGAUGCACAGCCAUUCACAAAAUACAGUAUUUCUCUGUAUUGUGUGUGUGUGUGUGUGUGUGUGUGUGUGUGUGUCAUAUGCCUGUGAAAUGGGAACUGCGGCAAAUAAGUGUACUAUUUAAAAAAAAAGAUAAGAUAAAGAUUGAUAUAUAAGAACGAUUGAGCAAAUUUGUGCUGCUAAAGACUGAUGAAAGAAUCCCAAGGACUGCUAUCAUACAUGUAUAUUGUACAUCAGAAUGCUUUCAGACUACUGCAGGAUCAUCCUCUAGUGGCCGCUGACAGAAGUGCUCUGCUUGGCAUUUCCUUUGGCGUCCCAGUGGUUCUAUCCAUAACUGCCUACUCAGAAACUGUAAAGGUAAGUCCCUAAGCAACUCCUGUCAUUUUUUUUUGAUUUCCUGAAAAAACAUAUAUACAUAUUCGCUUGAACCAGACCAAAAUGUCAGCGUAAUACUCACCAUCAUUGAGUAUGUCUAUGUUUUGGAAUAUCACAAAGUCACUUGCCACAUUAAUAUCAGAGAAAAGUUGCAUUGUUGUUUAUCAGUCCUGUUACUGUCUAUAUAUCUUGCUCUGUCAGGAACAUUUGUAGCAUUUACACAUACAAUGUAUUAUUAUUACGAUUAUUAAAUAUUUAUCUACUCCUUUUAGCCAAGAUGUUGUGUGUGCAUCAGUGGCACCCAUACUGGCCGAAUUGGAGCCACUCAGUCCAUUGCAGAAGCCACUAAUAGGAUAGAAAAGUAAGUUGAUACUUCAUAUUUUUAAUUUAUGUGUGGCUCUUUAAGUAGCCAUUUUUUUUAAAGAAGAAAAUUACCUUUUGACUUGGUUAAAGCACAUUACCUUUGCUCAUGCGUUUGCAGCCGGUACAAAAAGGCCUGUCGAGAUGAGAAGAAUCGCCUCAUCUGGAGGGACGUUUUUCUACCUAUUCCAGAAGAUAUAGACCUGAAAGUGGAAGUAAGAGAUCUGUUAUGUACAGAAAGACCCUUCAGUCCUCUGCUCUUGUUUGGAUGAUUGUAGCGAGGGAAAUGUAUCCCACACAGGCGGACAGGAUGAUAAGGACCUCUAAAAGAUUACGCUGGAGAACUCAACCAAUACUGGGAACAGUUUCACACUUUCUCCAGUCCUAUUAUGAUCCUCCAGUAUCUCAUUAGAUUGAGGGCUCAGAAGUAUUGUUGUAUCUGUCAAUUUUCAAAUGUUUCCUAAAUUGUUAUUGAUCUGUUCAGUUCUGCUCCAUUUUGUUUUAUUCUGUCCUCAGAUGGGGAGGAUAACAUGUCCUCUGCUGCUGGUUGUUGGACAAGAUGAUCAGAAUAACGCCGCUGUCGAAUCAGCUGAUGAUGUAAGUUACUGUAUGCAUCAUAAAUGCUGUUUAAAUACAAAAUAACAAUUUAUGAGUUUAGUUAAUUCUUUCUGAGAAAAUAUGAAAUGAUCAUCUUACUAAACUCCAUCCUUUUCUCCUCCUCAGAUGAAGCAGAUGAUGGAGAAAGCAGGGAACAGUCACCUGCUGACCACUCUGUCCUACCCUGGAGCUGGUCACCUGAUUGAAACGCCGUAUGGUCCCCACUGCAAGGUUUCAUCCUUUCUAAUGCCGAAAAGCGACGAGAGAGGUGCCUUUCUGAAAUCUGAUCAUUCAUGUAGACAGUCUGUGCAUAUUCAGUUAUUGUGCUUUACCACACCUGAUUCAACUAGUCAAGUAAUCAGCAACCUACAGUUCUAUGUUCUUGUUAUGUUAAGUAAGGCUAUUUUAUGUUACUUGAACAUACCAGUAUUUUCAUGUAGGUCUACAUUACACAGUCAUUAGAAUACCAUGUUUCAAAUCUAAAGCUGUUAUUCCAACUUGUUGCAGUGGUCAUGCUGUGGGGAGGCCUCACCAAACCUCACGCCGUAGCACAGGAAGACUCAUGGGAGAAGAUACUACGUUUUCUGCGAGAGCAUCUCUAUCACAGUGUCAAACCCCAUGUGCUGUCCAAAUUGUGA